CUUUGUGUUUCAUUUCAACCCAUGCACCCAGCGGACGGCAAUCUCUUCUCGGGAAGGUGCCGAACAGCCGCUUCCUCCCCCUUUUCCCGCCGUUCUCUGGAAUAAUCCUUUUCCCUUUUCCUUCUUUCCUCUUCCGACCGUCGGCCGGGGUGCGGCGGAUCCUUUCUGUGAUGUCCGGUCGCUCGAGAUGAACGAAAAGCCUGUCUCCGAGAUCUGACGGUUGGAAGAGGCCGGUCGGAGGAAUCGCUCUCGUUGAGAAGGGAUUUCGUUUCUGGAUUCCCUUUUCACUGCGAAAUGGCUCAUCAUCAAAUUGACGGAUUCGAUUACAUGGAAGACGAUUAUGAUGUGGCUGACCUUGACGAUGACAUCGACGAGGUAUUUUGCAGUAGAGAAGCAGGUGACUCUGACUCGGAAGAUGAAUAUGAAAGAGAUGUCAGGUUAACAGAUACUUCGUCAGCACAAGCCAGGAGAGGAAAGGAUAUUCAGGGGAUCCCAUGGGAGAGAUUAAACAUAACUAGAGAAAAAUAUCGGCAGACAAGGCUGGAGCAGUACAAAAAUUAUGAGAACAUUCUACAGUCUGGGGAGGGUUCAGAGAAGGAAAGCAAACAAACAGAAAAAAAUGGAAAAUAUUAUGAGUUUUGGCAUAACGCAAGAUCUGUGAGAUCCACCAUCCUCCAUUUCCAAUUGAGAAAUCUAGUGUGGGCUACAUCAAAGCAUGAUGUCUACUUAAUGUCUGGAUUUUCUGUGAACCAUUGGUCUUCAUUAUCUUCCACAGUUUCAGAAGUUCUGAAUGUUUCUGGGCAUGUGGCACCAAGCGAGAAACAUCCUGGGAAUUUGUUGGAAGGAUUUAGUCAAACUCAAGUUAGUACGUUGGCUGUAAAGGAUAAGCUGUUAGUAGCUGGUGGUUUUCAGGGAGAACUUAUUUGUAAGUAUUUAGAUCGGCCGGGGGUAUCCUUCUGUACCAGAACAACAUAUGAUGACAAUGCAAUAACAAAUGCUGUUGAGAUAUACAACAGUCCUAGUGGCGCUCUUACCUUCAUGGCUUCAAAUAAUGAUUGUGGAAUUCGAGAAUUUGACAUGGAGAGGUUCCAGCUUACAAAGAAUUUCAGAUUUCCAUGGCCAGUGAAUCAUACUUCGCUUAGCCCUGAUGGAAAGCUUCUGGUUGUUGUGGGUGACAACCCUGACGGAAUGCUGGUUGAUUCUCAAUCUGGCAAGGAGGUUAUGUCUUUGACGGGUCACUUAGACUUUUCGUUUGCAUCUGCGUGGCACCCAAACGGUCUCACUUUUGCCACUGGGAACCAGGACAAGACGUGCCGGGUUUGGGACAUGAGAAACCUUUCCAAAUCUGUUGCUGUUCUGAGGGGCAACUUGGGAGCGAUCAGAUCCAUCCGGUUCACUUCUGAUGGGCAGUUCUUGGCAAUGGCCGAGCCAGCUGAUUUUGUGCAUAUCUUUGAUACAAAGAACAACUAUGACAAAGAGCAGGAGAUCGAUUUCUUCGGUGAGGUCUCUGGCGUCUCUUUCAGUCCGGACACUGAAUCUCUUUUCAUUGGCGUCUGGGACAGGACGUACGGAAGCCUUCUUCAGUAUAACCGGACACGGAGUAGAUGCUAUCUCGACUCAUUCUACUGAUCUAAUUAUCUGCUUCUCGCCUGGUUCUCCCUUGAUAGAAUUUCCUGUAAGAAGGACGCAUGGGUUGGGUUGUACAAAGGUUUGGAAAGCCUGUAUGGUGUGGAUUUGUGAGUCCCCACUCCCAGGCGCAAUGUCACCCAAGACUCAUUAUUAAGGACGGGCAUUGGUGUUCUGCUGA